UUUGAAAAACUUCCACUUACAUGUGGGCUUUUCUCUUCCUGGUGUAACACAGGUGUAAUAUCUUUGCUGAGACCUCUUUUGCUGGAUGUGGUCCCAACUAUCCAACAGACUGCUGCUUUGGCUCUCGGGAGGCUUGCCUAUUUUAACGAUGACCUGGCAGAAGCAGUGGUGAAGGAAGGCAUUCUUCCACAGCUCGUGUUUUCAUUGUCUGAGCAGAAUCGUUUCUACAAGAAAGCAGCUGCAUUUGUGUUAAGAGCAGUUGGUAAACAUUCUCCACAGCUAGCUCAGGCAAUAGUUGAGUGUGGAGCGCUGGAAGCACUUGUGAUUUGCUUGGAAGAUUUUGACCCUGGAGUGAAAGAAGGUGCAGCUUGGGCACUCGGUUAUAUUGCCCAACACAAUUCAGAACUGUCACAAGCUGUGGUGGAUGCAGGAGCCGUUCCUCUUUUAGUGCUCUGUAUCCAGGAGCCAGAAAUUGCUUUGAAAAGGAUUGCUGCUUCAACUCUUAGUGAUAUUUCAAAGCAUUCUCCAGAGUUAGCACAGACAGUAGUGGAUGCAGGAGCUAUCGCUUACUUAGCUCAGAUGAUCCUGAACCCUGAUGCUAAACUGAAGUGUCAGGUGCUGUCAGCGCUAAGCCAAAUAGCAAAGCAUUCAGUGGAUCUUGCAGAGUUGGUGGUUGAAGCAGAAAUUUUCCCAGUUGUGCUCACAUGCCUGAAGGACUCGGAUGAAUAUGUCAAGAAAAAUGGUGCAACUUUAAUUAGAGAGAUAGCAAAGCAUUCGCCUGAGCUUUCACAGUUUAUAGUAAAUGCAGGUGGAGUUGCUGCUGUGAUUGAUUGUAUUGGCAGCUGCAAAGGGACUGUCAGACUGCCUGGCAUCAUGAUGCUUGGUUAUGUAGCAGCUCAUUCAGAGAACCUGUCAAUGGCAGUUAUUGUCUCCAAGGGAAUACCACCACUGUGUACCUGUUUGUUAGAAGAACAAGAAGAUCAUAUUAAGGCAGCAGCUGCGUGGGCCUUGGGACAGAUUGGCAGACAUACUCCUGAGCAUGCACGUGCUGUAGCAGUAACAAAUGUGCUAGCCACACUGCUUUCUUUGUAUAUGGACACACGCAGUUCAGAAGAUCUUCAGCUGAAAACUAAAAGAGCCUUAAAGAACAUCCUUCAGAAAUGCACUUAUCUUCCAGCACUUGAACCAUUGCUGCACGAUGCCCCUCCCAACAUUAUGAAACACAUUGUUGGGCAGUUUAGCAAGGUGUUACCACAUGACAGUAAAGCACGUCGUCUCUUUGUAACAACUGGUGGGCUUAAAAAGGUUCAAGAAAUAAAAGCAGAACCUGGGUCACUUCUUCAGGAGUAUAUCAACACUAUUAACAACUGCUAUCCAGAGGAAAUAGUAAGGUAUUAUUCCCCUGGAUAUUCUGAGAUGCUUCUGGAACGGGUGGAAAAUUACCAACCAGUUUUAUAAACUUCAAUUUUUAUUAGAGCUGUAUUUCACGUUUACGCUUUUAUGGCUGUAAUACAAAUACAGCUGCUGAAACUCUUGUUAGGUUUUGAAAUCUUCUGCUGUUUGAACCACAGCAAGACCUCAGUAUUUCCAGCAAGCUGUGUUUUGUUCUUUAUAAAAAUGUUGCUAAGUUUUUGUUCCUAUUUGUUUUUCUCUAACUUUAUGAUCAGACGCUGCAGCAUAUAUCAGUGGAAUUUCAUGCAAGGGUGUUGAUUUAUCACAGAAGCUUUUUUAGAAUCAGUCAUUUCCUUUUCCUUCCACAAGAAAGGCUUGUUAUUAUCUCAUUCAAAUUUUAUCCUUCUCAGCACUUUAUCAAUUUUCCCCCUUUUGUCUUUGCAUAUUGUUUAGAGCUUCCCAAGCUUGAUGAGGGGGAGGAAAAAGAUGUCCCCUCUGCCUUUUCUAAGUAUAGAAUUCAUUCUAUGCUGAGGUUUUUUUUUCCUCACCACUACCUUUUGGAAAGUGAUGUGAUUUUUGCAUCCCAAGACACAUUAGUAGCUGCUAAAUAGAGAAAUAAUCAGAUCUGAUGAUGAUAAAAGGGCUGUAUUCUGCAUGCUAUAAUAGUGUCGUGAUCCUGGCAUGCUAAAUAGUACAUCUGCAAAAUUUCUUCUAAUACAGGCAAGAUUUGCUAUGGAGGGAAGCAGCAAUACAUUGUUUAGUGUGUGUGUGUGUCAUUGUUCCUAUCGGAAAGGAUAGAGUGAACUCAGACUUCCCACAGAUACAAAAGGAGAGAAAGGACUCUGUGAGGUUCUGCCCCAUUUGGGUUGGCAGUACCUGGGCCUCUCAGGAAGAGAGGAAAAUUGUUUGGCUUCAGGAACGCUGUUAGCAAAGUUUUGAGCACAUCCAGGGGAAAACUGAGGAUAGUUGAGUUCCACUGAAUUGAGUGGUGAGACUUAAGACUGCUCAGUAAUUUCUCUUCAAGAGAUGAAGUUGCUGCAGAAUUGGGUUGAAACACAUUUGGAACUUAGUCUUGAACUUGCAAAUUAUGUCGGCAUGGAAAUUAUUGGAGGUAUGAGCUUUUUUGUAUACAACAUCCUGAAAAUACUUUUGCCUUCUUACGUAGAGUAAAAAAACUUUCUACAUUCUACUUACUCUGCUGGUGUACUGUAGCAACAGAAACAUGGAACAGCAUACAAACCCUACAGGAUUCAGCAAGUAAUAGGUAAUUGUGAUUCAUCAUUUUUUGUUCUUCUAGCCAUUUUCCUCUUCUAAGUACGCAGCAGGUUUUUUUU